UUCCUCUCACCCACUCACUCACUCACUCACUCACUCUUCUUCUUGUUUGCUUAAUCAAGAGUCUUAUAAUGCUCACUGCAACCUCACAUUCCUUGUGAUCAACCUCAGAGAAAAUUAACUCUCACACCUCCACAUCUUUGAAAAUGCCUGAUGCUGAGGUCCAACGCAGUUGCCAAUGGUGGUGGAGAAGAUCCUUAUCUCGACCACAAUCGAGAUUAAUGUUCGUCGUCUCCCUCAUUUUUGCAGUCAUGCUCCAUCAUCCUGCAGGUGCAUAUGAUCCAUUGGACCCAAAUGGUAACAUAACCAUCAAAUGGGACAUCAUGUCUUGGACUCCGGAUGGCUAUGUGGCAACUGUAACGAUGAGCAACUUCCAGAUGUACCGGCACAUAAUGAGCCCAGGUUGGACAUUGUCAUGGUCAUGGGCAAAGAAGGAAGUGAUAUGGUCAAUGGUGGGAGCUCAAACCACUGAGCAAGGUGACUGCUCCAAGUUCAAAGGCAACGUACCGCAUUGCUGCGAGAAGACCCCCACAGUUGUGGACCUGCUCCCUGGAGUGCCCUACAACCAACAAUACAGCAAUUGUUGCAAAGGAGGUGUGUUGGCAGCUUGGGGGCAGGACCCUUCAGCUUCUGUCUCGGCUUUCCAGGUCAGCGUUGGCCAAGGUGGAACUUCCAACAAAACGGUCAAGCUUCCCAAGAACUUCACUCUUCUAGGUCCUGGUUUAGGCUACACCUGUGGACCUGCAAAGGUUGUUCCUUCUACUGUGUUCAUGACUCCUGAUCGCCGCCGGAAAACACAAGCACUCAGUGAGUCUUUCUUCCCUUCCCUUCUUCAUUGACAGUGGGAUUGAUGAUAAGAAAUGUUGUGUUUGUUUUUGGUGGUUGUUGUUUUUUGUGACUGCAGUGACUUGGAAUGUAACAUGUACUUACUCACAGUUCCUGGCCUCCAAGCAUCCAAGCUGUUGUGUGUCAUUCUCAACAUUCUACAAUGAAACAAUCACUCCUUGCCCUAAUUGUGCAUGUGGUUGCCACAGUAAAAGCAGCUGUAUAACGAGCAACUCGAAGGAAGCUCACAAGAAGGGAAUCAACACGCCGAAGAAGGACAACACGCCGCUGCUGCAGUGCACUCACCACAUGUGCCCGGUUCGAGUGCACUGGCACGUCAAGGUGAACUACAAAGAAUACUGGCGGGCAAAGAUUGCAGUCACCAACUUCAACUACAGGAUGAACUACACGCAGUGGACUCUCGUCGUUCAGCAUCCUAACCUGAACAAUGUCACCCAGGUCUUCAGCUUCGAUUACAAGCCUCUUGUCGCUUACCAGUCGAUAAAUGAUACUGGGAUGUUCUACGGGAUGAAGUUCUACAAUGACCUGAUAAUGGAAGCUGGGCCAUUUGGGAAUGUGCAGUCUGAAGUGCUUCUUAGGAAGGACCAGAAUACCUUCACCCUCAAGCAAGGAUGGGCAUUUCCUCGGAAGGUUUACUUCAAUGGGGAUGAGUGCAUGCUGCCACCACCUGAUGCUUACCCUUACCUCCCAAAUCUUGCCUCCGCAACUCCUCUCCCAUUUCUCACAGCAGCAGCAGCUUGGUUUCUUCUCAUGUUGCAGUACAUCUUGUGAUAAACCCUACUCCACAAGGAAGUGUGAUUGUGAUUGAAGGUUCAGCAAAAGAGAUUAUGAAGAGUGGUUUCAGAAGGAGCUGGAAUGCCGUACCCGGUAAGUAAACAUCAUUGAACCUGGAAAUUUUUGCCACCCAGAUACGAUGCUCCGACCAUAUGUAUAGUUCAGUUGUGGAGACUGUUUGCAUGUGAGAAAAGAGCCUGGUAAUAAAUAGCGUGUACUCCAAGCAUUCUUGAAACUUCAAACUUUUGUCACUGCUAAAAGGGAGUUGGAAUUAUUAAUGUAUCUGCAGUAACUUUUCAACUUUGUUCAACUUGUAGUGUUUUUGCGUUUAAGAGCUAUGUCAAAUAACAACUUCAAAAACAAAAAUCUGAGCCACAAACCUAGGG